AUGAACUUAGGGUUAAUAACAAAAAUAUGCGUGAACGUAUUUUGCCAUUUCGACGCCCAACAAUCGUCUCAUUCGGCGCUCAAACCUCGGUGGGUCUAUAAUACUCAUUUAGUUGAAAAAAAAGAAAGAGAGCUGAAUUAUGGGUGGUAUGAAAAAAACACCAGCGAAAAUUCAAACGGCGACUUUUCCGAUUUUUUCAUAUCGCUAGGGAACUUUCCGACGGCCACCUUUCCGACGAAAUUUUUUCCGACUUUUUUCCCUUAUAUUUUUCGGUUUAUAAGACGUCUAUUUACAUUUUUUUUUCCCUAUUUCUUGUGUUUUAAUCAUGAAACAACUACCUACUUCAUAUAGGAAGAUUUAAAACGAAGAUUUUAUCGAGAAAAAAAGUCGGAAAAAGAUUCAUCGGAAAGGUGGCCGUCGGAAAGUUCCCUAGCGAUUUGAAAAAAUCGGAAAAGUCGCCGUUUGAAUUUUCGCUGGUGUUCUUUUUAUACCACCAAAUUAUGGAUAUCUUGUUCGUUUAAAAACAGUCCGAAUGGUCCAGCUUUGAAGUUUCAUUGUUAAUUUUCUGCUUUUAAGAGAUUUUUUUUGUCAAUUAUAUUUCAAAUUUUUAUUUGCCCGUCUUAUUCUUAUGACCCCUAUAGGGGUUUUAGCUAGUGACCACUCUAGGGGAGCAUGGUGGUCGUUUAAUAUUAUGAAAAACUAUGAGAAGAGGCCUCCUUUCCAUACGAAAAAAAUUUUUAUAAAUCGGCGUUUUUUUGCUUGAAAAAAAUUUUUAAGAGAUUAUUAAUCUAAUGAAAUUUCUCGAGAGGGUCUUUUCAAAUUCCAAUCUGAACUAGAAAGACCCCUAUAGAGACCACUCUAGCUAAAGUGGGGCAGAUCCUAAACCCUAUUAAGGCCAUCUACGUUCAACCCCUCUAGGGAGCACUGUUUGGUUUUCUACAGAGCCUAUAUUUUCCCUAACCACUCUAGGGACCACUCUGAGUGAGAAUAAUAUUCGGUCAAUGUGCCCGAGUCCCGAUUUUUAGUCGCCAACAUUCGAAGAUGAUCAAUUUGUUCGUAAUCUUGAUGCACGUGAUGACCGCGAUGUUCCUGGCGACCACGGCGAUUUGCUGCCAUAAAAAAUCGGUUUUUUUUUGGGAUCAUGAUAAUUUAGCGCUAUUUCGUGCAGGACGAAGCCGGGAAACUGAAACCACGGGAUCUUUCCAGCGCCGCCGCCAAACAAUCGACGGCCGAGCCCAAGGAACCCGGAAAGGAGGGCGAAAAAACCGGCGGCACAGCUAGCAAGAGUGUCGCUGCACCGGUUUCCAAAGGUAAUUUUAAAAAAUCUAUGGAAGGGGAUAAAAAUUGAAGAGUAUAGUUGAUUCACGGCUGACUUGAGCCAUCGAAAAAUGGGUCCUCACACGAUAAAAAGGAGACAGUGCCUGGUUGGUGGAGAGCGCAGAUAGGCCACACCCCCUCAACGUCCCAAGGGGGUUAUAGCUCUCACCCUUCCGAAAAAUGGUCCAUUUUGAGACUUUAAUGUCCCCUUUUCCGAAAAUUUGUUAAAUCAUCAUUUUUCACCUCAAAAAAGGACCUAUCCAUCAGGAACCCAUGAAAAUGAGCCCAAAAAGUCUCUGACUGGACUUUUUUCGUAUAGACUUUGCUUUUUGGGGGUGAUUCAAAACCAACUUUGAAUCAAUAAAAAAUAAAAGCUGACCCGACGAAAAAAACUGGAAAAAAUGAUUAGGCGAGAGAUCAACGCCGGCCUGAAGAGACGCUAGAGAAAGAAAGUUUCGCUGACUUCUCUGGCCUCUCUUCAGCCGCCAGUACUCUCUCUUUUGGGCUUUUUCGACUUCUAAGAGCAUUUCCCGAAAAAAAUGCCCCUUAAUAUUCUUAUGUCUUCGCCAGAGAAAGAAAAUUUCGCUGACUUCUCUGGUCUCUCUUCAGUCUGCCAGUACUCUCUUGGGCAUUUUUAGAGAAUUUAUGAGAAAACCUGUCUCUGAAAACUGUGUUUUUCUACUAAACUAAAAAUUUUGUAAAUUUUUAAAAGAAAAGUUUGAAGUUGUUGACCUUCUGUGAAAAAAAAGAGGAAUUUAUGAAUCCCAGGACCUGCUCCGAUGCCCCAACGCGAAGCCGACGACAACGAGACGAUCAACGACGCAAAAUCGGAUUGGGGCGCUGUUCCUCAGUGA